AUGAGCGGCUCAUCUUCAAAUGUUCAUACAUCUCCUACUCAAGUAAGCUUAAACACUUCAAAUACUGAAUGCUUCAAUUAUUCAAAUGAGGAUUCAUAUUCUAGAACCAUUUUGUAUGGUACCCCAAACCAUUUACAAUCAUUCAACUUGGAAGCACAAAGUUUUAGAUUGGUGAUUAUACAGGAUAAAGGUGAACUUUUGAUGAAGAACAAUUACAAGACCCAUUAUGACUCGGCUUUGGACCCACAUUUUAAUAGACCUAUACACAAUAAGCUGUCCAAUAAACAUGAGUCUAGUGAAUUGGUUGAAAUAAUGUUUGGAAAUCCAAUACAUCAUGAUUUGAAUAGAUCUGAUAAUUUUAAAAUUCAUGUCAUGUCAAGCUUACCAGAUUUGAAAAAUUCAAUACUAGUUUCAAUGCAUUUUUAUUUUGAUAAGAAACAUAAGUUUGCUAUUGGAAUUGUUAUACCGAUAGGGUUGAAUGAUAUUUCGAGUGUUGUUUUGUCUAAUUGGGUGGCCGUUUCUAAUCAUCUGAAUUUAUUAAAAGCUAUCUUCAUUGAAAAUCAUUUAAAUAUCAAGAAAUGUAAUAACACUUCAACUCAAAUGGCUUCUUCAAAUUAUUUGGACAUUUCAAUUUUUUUCAAAACUUUUAUUAAAUCAACGAAAUAUCUCUCAACUGUCCCAAGAUUACUUUUAGGUUUGAUUAAAUUUGAUUCUAUUUUAAAAAAUUGGUGUUUUGAAGUAAAUAAUUGGAUAGAAGUUAAAGAUGGUGCAAAAUUAGGGUUUAGUGGUACAAAAUUUUUAACAACACUGUUGUCAAUAGUUUAUGGAUUGAAAAAUCAAUUGGUUAGUAAAAAAAAUGAUGAAUCCGUUCGUGUUGUUAUAAUGGCUUCAAAUCCAAUGGUUGCACAGAAAUUAAUUUUCAUAAUAUCUGGACUAUUACCUUUCAAUUUGAAUUUUAAAGUUACUGACUACGAAGAUGAUGAUAAAUCUUUAGAAGAUACAGUUGUGGAAAGUACUGGCGAUUUAAAUGAUUUGAAAAUUGAAAUACCCCAAGAAAAGACUCCACCAACACCUUCCGUCAUUAAACAAGGUUGGGAGAUACCAACAACUCCAUCGAGAUCAGUCGCCACUCCUUCGAUAAUGACACCAUGUCGGAGUUCAAUCAUUCAACCUGCAACUUCAAUGUCAACUUCAAAUUCAAUGGCUUAUUUGUCAUCAUCUCUUUCGUCUUCAUCUACAUUUUCAACAUCAUUAAGCCGUGGAUUCCAAUUAUUACAAAACUGGAAAAACACAGGAACUAGUGAUGAUGGUAAUAAUCAAAAUAAUACCCCUUCAUCAUCCUCAUCAUCUGUAUCUUACAAGACCCCAUCACCAAAUAAUGAACCUGAUGAUUAUCCAUGGUAUUCAAAUUUGAAUCAAAUAUCACAUCCAAAUUAUACAUUAUCAUCAUCUUCAUCAACAGGUCAUCAUUUAUCAAGAACUAGUUCUUCAUAUGAUCUUUCAUGUUGUUUAUCAAAUAUUCCUAAAAGUAUUAAAAGGUUAUCAAUUCCAAAAUUACCACAUGUUGAAAGAUCAACAACUACUUUAUUCAAAAUUGGAGAAUCUCAGAAAACCAAAAGUCAACUGUUCAACAAUACACGUAAAAGUUGUUUCAGUUUAUUAAGUUCAAAAAGUUUGAAUACUAGAUUAGAAAGAGAUAAUGUUAAAGGAGUUUCAAUACUCGAUGUCCCAUUCGAUGAUGAUGAAGAAGGAGAAGAUGAAGAAUUUGAUAAUGACUUUAGAAAGGGUGAAACUGAUAACGAUUACAAACGUUAUCCAUUACCACAAUUAUGUGGAUAUGUGAAUGAAUUUAUACCAGACUUCAAACUACAAGCUUGUCCGAUCUCUCAAGACUUAGAUUCAAAACUUGCAUCAGCAAUGAAGAAUGAUUUAGAUAAUUUUAAAAGUUCCAAAACCAUUUUAGUUUCAUUAAGAGCAAGAGAGAUUAAAGAAAUGACAUUAGUGAAAAAAAGUUACGAAUACAAGUCCACAAUGAAGAAGUUAUAUCACAAUUCAAGACCAAGCAGUUCAAUUGAUAAAGAAUCUUGGACCAAGAUCGAUACCCUUUUAAAUUCAAUUGUCUCCAUAUUUCGCGACCAUGAUCAACAAACUGAUGAUAGAGACUUUGCAGAAGUUGAACGUUUGUUGGAACGCCUUUGA